AUGCCUCGCAGGCUGCGCACAUCGACGCCCGGCAUGAUGCUGGGCCCUUUGGGGGGCGGCCCCAACUCACCGCCCCAGUCCCCUACCUCAACCUCGCCUAUGCUUAAUCACAAGCAGUACGCCGCCCGCCAUUUGCCACCAUAUCACAACAUCAACCGUCCGGUCUUGCUGGACGAUUCGGGUAUCCAACCCACUGGCAACGGCCACCAUUUCAGCUUUACUCCUUCCAAUCGCUUCGCGCAGUUGUCUCCUCGCACAUCGUCAGAUGAUUCCGACGAGGAAGAGGAAUCCGAGUCCGAAUCCGAGUCUGAUGAGAGCGAAGCACCCCGGACAAAACCAAUGCCGGCGGAUGAGGACGAGGACAGCGAUGAAGAAGACGACAGCGAGGAAGAAAGCAUCGAUGAGGAGGAAGAAUCAGAUGAGGAUGGUGAUAUUUCCAUGAACAUCUAUCCUCCCGCCCCAGCUCCGGUACCCAUGCCGGCGCCAAUGCCAGUAUCAAUGCCGCCGCCCAUAUCAGCGCCACUGCAUACCCCGCGCAUGGCCGUCGAUAGCAGUUCCGAGGAAGAAUCAAACGACGAAGAUGAGGAGGAUGAUGACGACGACGACGAUGACGAAGAAGAUGAUGAUUCCGAAGAAGAAGAACAAGAAGAAGCAUCAGACUCGGACUCGGACUCUGAAAUCCUCCCUCACGCCCCCGAACUCCCCCAGGAACCCCGUCCGGCCGCCGUCGCGCCCAAGGCCAACUUCACCGUCGAAGAAAUGUCCGACUUUGACCCAAUGGACCACGACCGCACCGGCACCAUCGCCCCGUCAGGCUUCUCCUCUCCAGCAUCAGCCCGCUCCCGCUCCCGCGCACCCGCCGCCGCCGCCGCGGCGCCGGCUGAGCUCCCCCCGGGUUUCACCCAGGACAUGCGCAACCUGAACUGCAGCGCAUCGGACUCGGAAUCGGACUCGGACUCCUCCGAGGACGUCGACGAGGACGCCGCUGCGCACCGCGAGUUCGUGCGCAUGCAACGGGAGCUCCGCAUGCGCAAACGCCGCACGCACGGGUCCAGCAUCGGCAAGCGCACCAUCUCGGAGCGCAGCGACUCGGACCACGAGGACUGGACGCCGAUCGACCCGGACGCCGUCGGGUCCAGCGCCAGGAGGCUCAGGCGCAGGGUCGGCGACCGCAGGAGCUUCAUCCACCUGCAGUUCCAGGACCCGCCGCCGCCGCGCAUCGACGAGUGCGACGAGCCGGAGAGCGAGGUCGAGGGCGCCGUCUACUUUUGCGACGGCGAGACCCUCGCGAGGGAACUGCCGUAUUGGUCCAUUGAGAUAAUGGAAUACGAAAGCCCUAGCCCGUGA